AUGCCGACGGCAAGAGUCCGUCGAGCCAACUCGGCCAGAAUUCCGAGUUCGACGUAUACCGGACGCAAUCUGCGAGUUUCAGAUGCGUUCUCAGAUAGCAUACGGACAUUGGCAAUCACUGCUAGACGAAAUUCGAGUCCAUUGUCGAGAAAAUCCACCAAAAAGAUGAAGAAAAGCCGGCUGGUGGGAAAGAAUGGCAUUUGUAAUGUUUACAACACGAACGUCCCGAAAAAAGACCGACAGUAUCUCAGGGAUAUUUUCACAACAAUGAUUGACGUGAAGUGGAGAUACAUGUUGUUGAUUUUCGCACUCGUUUUCUUAUUGAGUUGGACGACAUUUGCAAGUAUCUACUACACGAUUGCACUGAUUCAUGGAGAUCUAUCGCCCGACUUCCGCUACCUCAAUCGUACUCAAUGCGUUGUGAAUCUUGACUCAGUCUAUUCAUCAUUCCUUUUUGCUGUCGAAACACAUCAUACAAUAGGAUAUGGACACAGAUAUAUAACAACAGAAUGUCCACUAGCUGGUGCCACCGUCUGUCUACAAGCCGUAUGUGGCUUAUUAAUACAGAGUUUCAUGGUGGGCUUAGUGUUCGCCAAACUGGCCCGGCCGAAGAAACGCGCCGAAACAAUCAUAUUCAGGUGA